AGCUGGAAGUUACUUCCGGCGGCCACACCCCAAAGCUGAGUGUCUCCAUUUUGGCCGCGCAGGUGGAGACUCGACGAGAUCCCGCGGAGUAGCGGAGCGGAGUCAGCAGAACUGUGAGGGCCGAAUCGGCUCACCGCACAUUCUCCCUUCCUUCCUCCGCCCGCAGAAGCCGGGGGCUCUCAUGGCGGGCUUGGAGGUACUGUUCGCGUCGGCGGCGCCGGCCAUCACCUGCGCGCAGGACGCGCUCGUCUGCUUCCUGCACUGGGAGGUGGUCACGCAUGGCUACUACGGCUUGGGUGCCGGCGACCAGCCGGGUCCCAAUGAUAAGAAAUCAGAACUGCUGCCAGCGGAAUGGAACAACAAUAAAGACCUGUAUGUCCUCCGGUAUGAGUCAAAGGAUGGGUCCAGAAAGCUCCUUGUGAAGGCUGUCACUGUGGAGAACAGCAUGAUCAUCAAUGUGCUGGAACAUGGCUCACAGCAAGUGUCAGACUUGACCCUGAACUUGAAUGAUUAUAUCGAUUCAGAACACCUGGUGGACUUCCACAGGGUCUACAAGAAGAGUGAGGAACUUCGGUCUCGUCUUGUGUCUGGGAUCAUCACACCUAUCCAUGAGCAUUGGGUCAAGGCUAGCGUAAGUCCCCACCAGGAGUUUCCCCCUGCCACUGCCAGAGAGGUGGACCCACUCCGGAUUCACCCACGCCACCCACAUACCAGCCGGCAGCCACCCUGGUGUGAUCCCCUGGGCCCGUUUGCUGUCGGGGGAGAGGACCUAGACCCCUUUGGGUGUCGGAGAGGUGGCAUGAUCGUGGAUCCCCUGAGAUCCGGCUUCCCAAGAGCACUUAUUGACCCAUCAUCGGGCCUCCCAAACCGGCUUCCUCCAGGCGCUGUGCCCCCGGGAGCACGCUUUGACCCCUUUGGACCCAUUGGGACCAGCCCAUCUGGACCUAACCCAGACCAUCUCCCCCCGCCGGGCUACGAUGACAUGUACCUGUGAAGGCCUCAAGAAUGUAACAUCCCAGCCUUCCCUCUGCUCUCCUGGAGCUGCCACUGCUGGCCGCGUCAGCAACCGUUUUCUUGCGGGCUGGGGGCAAGGGACUCUGCCCAUGUGUUUGCGGGCCAGCUGGGAUUGCCUCCCCACCCCCUACCAGGGCCCAGGUACCUGCUGCAGCUGUCCACCUGGCUGCAUAUAGGUCCCAAAGAGAAAUCAGUGUCUCUCACCACCAGCUCCUCCCCACUUCCCAGGGAGACUCCGGCAACAUACAUACGCUCGACCCGAUGCAGUCCCAGUUGCAGCACUGUAAGAACAGAACACAUUUUGGAUGUUAUUAUUAAGAACCAAAUGUCAAUACAAAACUCAUGUUGCCAGUCUCCCAUGCUUCUUUGCUGCUCAGUUCCUUCCAUUUAUGAGACUUGAGAGUUUGAAUCUUUUUUUUUUUUUUAAUGAUUUUAUAAACCUGGGAAGGACAUUUUAUUUAUUUGUU